AUGUCUCAACAGAGAACGCCAUUGAGGUCAAGGUCAUCGUUGGCAAAUUUCUCUACAGCCGGAAUGUCGACACCACUGCAACAAACAACGAAACCUCGCGCUACACUAACAGAGUUAAGAAGACCACCAUCUUCACGGACAAUGAGACCAGCGUCUCCUAGAAUGACAACAACGAGGUCAAGACCAAGCUCAGCGAUGGGGAAUUUAUCUAGUGGUAGUAGCAGGCCAACUACACCUUCAUUUGUCAAACAAGUGCCAUAUACUGGAACUAUUACAGUUUCGAUUAGGCCAAAUCCCCAUAGCUUCAAUCCAGCACACUCUCCCUGGGAAAUUGAGCAAUAUUCAAAUACAAUUAAUAACAGAUCGGACUCUGUUUCAUAUAGUUUUGACAAUGUGUUUCCACCAGAGUCUGCGUUAACUAACAGAGAGGUCUAUUAUAAAUCAUGCUCUCCCAUAGUCAAUAAGUUCCUCAAUGAAGGAUUUAAUGGAACUAUAUUUGCAUACGGAAUGACAGGAUCUGGUAAGACAUUUUCAAUGAAAGGAAGCGAUCAAGAUCCGGGGUUUGUUAAAUUAUCUAUUGACGACAUUUUCAGCAAGAUUGAAAAUGACAGAGGAAACAAACAAUUCAGUAUCAGUAUAACCUACUUGGAGAUAUAUAAUGAGAAAAUAGUAGAUUUGUUGAAUACAUCGUCUUCAACAGAACUUAAGAUUAGAGAUGAUCCCGUAUAUGGUACUAAAAUUGUUGGUAUUACGUCUCCAGUUAUAAAUUCUAAAGAACAGCUUUUACUGUUAAUCAAAAAAGGUGAUAAUAAUAGAAAGACUAGUGCAACUGAUUUUAAUGCAAGAUCAUCGAGAUCACACUCCAUCUUACAAAUUAAAUUAAACACCAUUGAUUUACUUAAUAGUACAGAGCAAAACUCAACACUAUCAUUAUGUGAUUUAGCAGGAUCAGAAAGAGCUACAUCAAGCUUAGAGAGGAGAAAAGAAGGUUCGUACAUCAAUAAAUCUUUAUUGGCAUUGUCAACAGUUAUUAAUAAAUUAUCACUUUCGUCAUCAGGAUUAAGUUCACCAAAUACGGGCAAUGAUCAUAUACCAUACAGAGACUCAAAAUUAACACGAUUACUACAACCUGCAUUAUCUGGGUCCUCAUUAGUACUGAUAUUAUGUACAAUUCAUUUAGGAUCACUUAAUUCAGCCCACAGUCAACAGUUUAUAUCUGAAACAUAUAAUACUUUGAGAUUUGCUGCAAGAGCAAAAGAUAUAGUAAUCAACGUCAAUAAAAAUCAACAAUCAUCGAUAGGUGGGGCUGAAACAGCUAGGCUUAUAGAAGAAUUAAAGAAGACUAUUGAAAACCAGAAAAAUGAAAUUUCCAUGUUAAAGUUACACUCUAGUGAUGAUACAAAUAUGGAUAAUUCUGUCAUACUAGAGAAAAACAUGAAGAUUGCACAGGUAGUAGCCGAAAACCAAAUAUUAACAGAGAAAUUAGAACAUCUUACUAGACUAAAUGAUCUACAGAAGACAGAAACUAUAAUAUUACGCAAUGAUACUUUGAAUGAUUUGCUUGGAGCAGGUAUCGAUAAUCUGCUGCUGCAAGUGAUGAUGGCUAACUUAGAGGAGUUUUAUAAAAGGGUAAAUUAUGAAAUAGAUGAAUGCAAAUCGUAUAUUGGCCAUUUAGAGAACCAAUUGAAGAUAACACAUCAGCAAAACGCAUUCAAGAAUGAUUCUAAUAACGGCGUGAAGGAGCACCUGGAUAAACAUAUGGAUGCAGUAUUAAAAGACCAAGAAGAAGAAAUUCUCCACUUGAAAGAGUUAUUAAAGGAUAAAGACCAUGUUAUUAAGAGUCUAACGAAAACGACUAAAUUACGUAAGUUGAUUGAUUCAAAUUAUAACGAUGAAAAUAAACAAUCUAAUACUAUUAAUGAUCCCAAUGAUAAGGAAAACCUCUCUAAUUUUAAAGAAUUCAAUAUAAAUCUGAAGAAGCCACAUGUUAGUUUAGAUAUUUAUUAA